AAUUGAGCUCAAGGGCUCACGUACGUGUAUUCUGGCUGCUCCAGCCAAGCCGGAAUGGAAUAAAGAUGGCUGGAAACAUUUUGCAAGAUGGCAAAGUGCGUACUGCUGCAAUUGUCGCUGGUACUGCAGCUGUUGCUGUUGUUGGUACUCCACUUUUAAUUGGUGCCCUUGGAUUCGGUUCAGCAGGGGUUGCUGCUGGAACUGCUGCUGCCAAAAUGAUGUCUGCUGCUGCCAUAGCUAAUGGAGGAGGAGUGGCUGCAGGAAGUGUGGUCGCUACUCUACAAUCCAUUGGAGCUGUUGGAUUGUCUACUGCAGGAUCUGCUGUAGUAGGGACAGUUGGAGGAGCAGCUGGCUACUUAACUAAAAAAAUUCUUGGAAAAUGAGAGUAGUUCUAAAAUGACCAGAAUAGCUGCCAGUGAAAAGUAAUUGAUAGCAUUUGAUAGCUUUUCAAAGCUUUCAAGGAUAUUAGAAACACAGUUGUCAAUGUCUGGUAUCAAAAUGUUUAUUUGUAAUUUACAAACCUUGCUAGAAAUAAUAAAAAAGGAUUGGACAUAAUGGUUUUGAUUGCUUUUAAAAUGACUGAUGUAGAAUGAUUAACCCAAUGAAAUAAAUAUAUUUAUAUUUAAAAAAAAA